AUGGCGACGGUUAUUCAACGUAUUUGUAUUGGGAGUGUCCCUUGGGAGAAUGAGAAAAGUAAAAUUGCUCACACUGACCUUACUCCAACGUAUAGGAUGAUAAACCGAAUUGUUGCCUGUAAUAUACAUCCGAGGGGGCAUACUGUUGAGAUUGCAUACGAUACGGCCCAACUAUUAUAUGCUAUUGAGGAACAUGAGGUUAUUAUUGAUCUACCCCUUUACAUAUUCAACCAUGUUCGUGAAGCAUCUGCUGUUGAGGAUGACAGGCCAUGUCUUCCAUUUCCAAUAUUAGUUUCCAAGAUUUUGAAGCAUAAUGUGGUUGAAUUUCAGCAGAAUGACAGUUUUAUUUAUCCCAUGAAUUCAAUGGGUAUGGGUACACUUAAUAAAAGUGUGGAAGCUAUUCUGGGUGUGAAACAGGGCAAGUGUGUGAAGAAGGCAGCAGCGGUUAUUAUUGAUCUAUCCCUUUACAUAUUCAACCAUGUUCGUGAAGCAUCUGCUGUUGAGGAUGACAGGCCAUGUCUUCCAUUUCCAAUAUUAGUUUCCAAGAUUUUGAAGCAUAAUGUGGUUGAAUUUCAGCAGAAUGACAGUUUUAUUUAUCCCAUGAAUUCAAUGGGUAUGGGUACACUUAAUAAAAGUGUGGAAGCUAUUCUGGGUGUGAAACAGGGCAAGUGUGUGAAGCAGGCAGCAGCGAUGGGAGCAUCUACUGAGUUAUCUUCUCAUACCAGUCUGGCUGUUAAGUCUGGCAGAUUAAUUCUUCAUCAGGAUCAUUUUGGACUGAGUACUACAAGGAAAAGGAGACUUGUGGAGAGGUUAGAACGGUUGAUGGAAGACUGGGCAGUUGAUCUGAUUGGUCUAGUAUGUGUCUGGGGUGAUAGUGUGCUGAGCAUGAGUUGGUGUAUAGAGCUGAGUCUUGGUUUUUUAUUUGAACUGGAUUGCAUUGGUCUAUUUAUGAUGGAUUUUGUAUUUUCUGGUGGAUUGACUUUGAAGAUAGCUGCUGGGAUGCUAAUGUGGAGGACUAUUGCUGUGAGCUGGGCUGUUACCAAAGGUGCAGGAGCUGAGUUUGGGUACAUAGCAAACCAGCUGGGACUGAAUGGGUGUUGUACUGGUUUAUUUCUGAUUUGGGGAUUCUGCAUCAGGAGCUGUCUGGGAGUUCAAGAGUUGGACUGA